GUCUGUCCUCUUCUUCGUCUCUGUCCGUCCUCUUCUUCGUCUCUGUCCGUCCUCUUCCAUGUGAAGGCUGAGGACUCUCUGCUCCUUUUAGAUUUAGUUUUUGUCUCCACCUUGUGUCUUCAUGUUUUGGGGGUUCCUUAGUGACCCCACCCUCUGUCAACCAGCCCACACCUUCUGCCACCACGGCCGGCCACCCCAGUCGCCUCGUUGCCAUGCCGACAGAGACACUGGCUCCACCCCUGCCAGGUAGCAAGUCUGCCGGCCCCACCGCAACCUUCAGCUCCGCCGUACCUCUCCGCAUCCUCAACAAGGGCCCAGAGUACUUCAGAAGGCAGGCGGAACCAAACCCAAACCGCCUGAGCGCCGUUGAGAGACUAGAAGCUGACAAAGCCAAGUAUGUGAAGAGCCAGGAGGUCAUCAACGCAAAGCAGGAACCGGUCAAACCGCCGGUCCUGGCCAAGCCCACCGCUGACCCCUCCAUCCGGUCCAAGAAGAGCCCUGGUUCUGGCGGUGGAGGAACCACAGCGGGGACGCCUUUCAAAGCCUCCAACAACAACGCAAAGUCGGACACAUGUGCAUCCAGCUGUAGCGGCAGCAAGCGGGAGAACCUAAACCUGGAGAUCUUAAAAAACCUGCUAAACUCCUCGUCGUCCUCAGGGGCCGGGUCUGAAGGACUGUCCACUGGAGCCAAGAGUGCCGUCCUCCUGAGGUCGUCGGCCCGCCUGGCACGGAGCUGGACUCCUUUGGGGAUGCCGCUAACCUACAGAUCGACAAUGACCCUGAAUGAACAGCCUUCAGACUCUGCUCCGAGCCCAAGCACCUCACACUCCCUUAGAUCCUUCUCUCAUUCCCUGAAGGUCCCCCCAGUGGCCAGCGGGGGGCGCCGCAGUCCCCAACAAGCAGGAAACCUCAACCUUAGCAGACGAGCGCGUGAUGAGAGAGGCGGGGAAGGAGGGCUGGCCCGCCACUCUCCUUCCCCGCUGCCUCCUCUCCUCACCUCCCACUCCUCCUCCGACCUCCUGCGACUGUGCAACGGGAAACCGCUGCGGCCGGCCAAGUCCAGCAGCUCCUCGGCUCCGCCCCUUCCUCCCAAGCCCACCUCCCUCCCUCCUGCGCUGUCCUUGUCUCUGCCACGGCCGCGUCCACCGUUGUCCCCUUCCCCCUGUGACAACACCACCCCCCAGUCGCUGCCCUGUGAGACCGGGGGCCCUGCUGGUGGAUCGGCCGAGUUGAACAUUGAUCUGGAGCAGGGAUCCAACGUCACUCGCCGCUCCUCACUGCACAGAUCCAAGUCAGACCUGUCAGACCGGUAUGCGCGGGCCGGCGCCGACGUGGAGCGCUUUUUUAACUACUGCGGCCUCGACCCAGAGGAGCUGGAGGCGGUGGGUCCGGAGAACUUUGCCAGGGCCAACUCUGACAUCAUCAGCCUGAACUUUCGAUCCGCUUCUAUGAUCUCCUCUGACUGCGAUCAGUCGCGGCGAUCCUCCAACGAUGCCGUAUCAGAGGAGGAAGAGGUGGAGGAAGAGGAGGAUGCCGGUGAGCGCGUCCCCUACGGCAUCUCAGCUGUGGAGCGAAAUGCACGAGUGAUUAAAUGGCUUUAUAGCAUCAAACAAGCCCGAGAAUCUCAGAAGGUCUCCCAUGUUUAGGUCCAGCAUCAAUGCGGAGUGAAGAUACUGUGAACUGGAGCCUAUCGGACCCGCGGCUCUGAUCCUGGAUGGUCGUUUUCAGGCUGCUUUAGACGCUGAGAGAACCAGAACCAUUAAGUUCUAAGAAUGAAGGAAGGAGGCGAUCAACUGAUCCUCUCAACUAAAAGAUGUGGGGCGCCAGCAGAUAACGAAGAAUCAUUUAAAACCAGAUUAAAAGAAAAAAUACAAACAUGAAAAGAUCCAGAGAAUAAUACUUGUUCUCUGGACUCCGGACUCAGUCGGUUCCUGGUGACCCAAACCAGAACGGUCCACCGUCUAAAGGUGGCUAAGACUCACUUUGGACUUAAUGGUUUCCUUUCUGUUGGACAAAUUUUCAUGAAAUGUUCCUUUAACUCGCAGAAACCUGGAGUCAGUAAAUAUAUGAACCAGUCCAACAAACGAUCAGUAAAGCAGGUUUUUUUUGCACCCAUUCAGUUUUUCCUUUAAGCAGUGUAGCCAGCAGAGACUCCUCUGGGUCCUGGACUCAGAGCAUUGGUGUACGGAGCUGUCCUCCUGUCCUCCCACACGUCCAUCUCUGUCUGACCUUAGCGAGUUAGCAUCAGUGUUACCGGAGGUAAGUUAGCAUCAGUGAGUUUACGUCACUGAGCUAGCGUCACAAAGUUAGCAUCGUUUAGAUGUGAAGUUUUAUAAUGAAGUAUUUUUUUACCCAAACCUGUGAAUGAAGGAAAAACUUCCCUGUAGAUGGAAAUGAUUUUAUUUGGGAAGAAAACAAAUCUAGACAGGAAAUGCUCUGAAUCCCCCCCCC